UCUUCUUCUUCUUCUUCGAGAGAGAGAGCGAAAAAAUCAAACAAUUGUCAAUCUUUUUCUAAAAGAAUUAUUGUCAUUAUUUAAGACAUACUUCCUUUAAACAAUAUUUUAAAUAAUUGAUCGUCGACGUUGUCAUCAGAGCUGGGGGUUUUUAACAAAAUUCGACAGAAAAAUAAAAAUUACGCGAGUUCGUGAGUGCAUUGAAGAAAGAAGUGCAAAAAGAAGAAGAAGAAAAUAUCAAUACAUUUUUUGAAACCAUCAUCCAACCCUCCUUGUCCAUUAAACGGGCCCUUUGGCUGCAACGAUCUGCACUUUAACGUCAAGAAAUACAAAAUUUGACCGUCAUGGAAGACAUACGUUACGUGCACUCUGAUCUUAUUUAGCAGUGAUCCAAAAUACGAGCGAGAUGACACACGAUGACAGACAAGGUGACGCUGAUUGUGACUACCUUAUCAGGGAAAUAUCACAUCUAAAUGUGUUCCAUAGCGAUGCCAGCUGAACUGAUCCUGGGGCACAGUCCUCCGGUAUACAGUCCACUGUUAUACUCUCCUCUGGUACGCACAGCACCACCGAUUACCACAAGAUCGGUACCACCCAGAAUACGACCAUGCCUGUCCACUGGUUCAUUACCUUUGAACAGUAUAAAAAACAACAAUAACAACAGUAACAAGCAGAAAAAGAAGGUCGUAUUUGCCGAUGAUCGUGGUCGUCCACUAACUCAGGUACGGGUAAUGUCGGAGCCUAGUAACGUACCGCCAUUAUGGACAUCGGCAUACAUAGAAGGUGUAACGGGAGGAUUGUUAAGAACAAAAAUCGACAACGAGGUAACGCAAGAUACGAUACCACCAUGGCAAGUUACGUUUCCUCAGCCAGCCAGCGAUUAUCUCGCAUUUCGUCGAAAACUCGAUCAGGAGAAUGUCAGUUUGGAGAACGUGAUUAUUCGAGAAUCCGAGCAAGCAUUGGUUGGUACGGUGAAAGUGCGAAAUCUUGCUUAUGACAAGGAGGUCAUAGUUAGAGCUAGCAACGACAACUGGAAUACCCACGAGGACAAUUAUUGCACUUACGUUGAACAACCAGGUGCACCGGCGCUCAUCCUUUACGACACCUUCCGUUUUCGACUUACGUUGCCAUUGAAAUCUGACGUUAUUGAAUUUUGCGUCAGAUAUCGUACAGACGGAAGGGAAUUCUGGGACAACAACGAGGGCAAAAAUUAUGUUGUCAAGAAAAGACAGGAGCAAAGAGCACCAGCCAAGCGAUACGAUCUCUCGGCAUCUAAUUGCGAUGGAUUAUUAACGAACAACAACAACAACAACAAUCAUAAUCGCAACAUGAACAAUGGUGAAAACAACAACAACAACAACAACAACAACGGAUUGAACAUACCCCGUGUAUCCGAUGCAACACGUGCCAAUGUACGAACGUGGAGUGAAUUUGCAUCGUGGCAUCAUUUGGCCAACGAUGCACCUUAUUGGUGAAAAUAAGCAACUAAACAACAAACAAAAUUAAACCCCUGAUUGUGUGGAUCCCUCGUCAAACGAUGUACGAAAACGUACGAAUAACGUAAAUAACAUCCAGUAGAAUAAUUCUGGAGUUAAUAAGAAUCGAGUCUGCGAAUCCGUUAGAACGGGGGGGGAGCUGAAAUGGGGAGAUGGGGGUUGAACUGGAGUGAAGAAAUCAAAUGAGAUAGCAAGUUGCAGCAGGAUUGGGACAGCAUCAUUAUAGAUAAUGAAGAGUAAAAAUAAUAAAUAAAAAAAAUUCUAUUCAAGCAAGCACGGUUAAAUGAUCGUAUAUAUAUAUUUAUAUAUCGUAUCCGUUCGUCCGUCCGUUAAAUCGGUCCGUUAAAUCGGUUUGUUAAUUAAAAAAAAAAAAAAAAA